ACAACAACUAACUUACUUACUUGAACUUAGUACAUGUAUGUAAAAAGGAAACUGGCCUUGAAUUAAUGAUCUCUACCAAAACGAGCCAAACUAGCUCUAGUCAAAGCUAGUUUGUUCGUGGGUGAUCACAUGUGUUCGUACUGCAAUCUGUUUGAAAGAAAAGAUAUUGGUUCACUCACUCAUGGAUGGACUCAAUUUACCUCUACUAGCUCUAGUCUGAAAUCAAUGGCAUUACAUGAGUUUUACAGGGAUACUAGUACUUAGCAGUCAGAGACUUUUCAACGAGGAAUUUCAGAAUGGCUGGAGACAACAACGAAGUGAAACUGGAGGAGAUUGUACUUGGUGUGCAAGAUGUAUUUCCGAACAUCAGUCAAGAUCGCAUUAGACGGGUUUGUCAACAUUACGUUGCAGAGAAGCUUCCCCACCCCCUUGGAAAUGCCGUGGAUUAUUUUCUGUCACAUCCCGAAAGUGGACCAUUGGACACACCGGGAAAGCCAACGACAUCUGUACCAAUUGUGCAUUUGAGUAGUGAUUCGGAUGACGACAUCAGCAUUCUUGUGCCGCCACCAGGUGCUGCACAGCAUGGACGUGCUCAUGCUGUGCCGGUGUGCAGCAAUGCAGCAGUAGACCUUGGCAUGCCGACAUCGGUGCUGUCAUCAACAGGAGUGUCCUCCAGUAUUACGGUGGCCACGUCGACGCCGGUGCGGUCGUCUAAAGGAGCCGCCUCCAGUGUGGCGAACACGCCGACUAAGGUCGGGGUUGCAUCAAGUACUGUUGCCAGAAGCACGCCACGGCAAGCGCAACAGCUGCAUCUCACUCCGCAGACAAACAGCACAGUUGUACGCAAAUCGGUGGCAGCGAGCACAUCAACUCCAACCAGAGGCAUGGAUGCGGCAAAUCCGAAUACUGUUGGCAUUGGCCGUACAUCUAUCGAUUCUGCACAACACCCCGAGCAGCCUUUAUUGCAGGAGGAUUUGCACGAGCGGGUUGAGGUUGGUGCUGCACUUGCUGCUGUUGCCACGUCCGAACAGUUAUCUCCGUUAUUCACUGGUGAUGCGACGGAUGGCGCGAUGAACAGACACUACAACCAAGUUGGUGCAGCGAUCACUAGAGUGAGUACUCUUACUACUGGUGUUGCUGGUGCUACUGCUACUGCUGGUGCUGGUCCUGGUGUUGCUGGUGCUGGUAAUGUGCGCCCCAGUCUGUCAUAUCGUAGCUUCGCAGAGCCUGCCAUGACUGCCACUAGCAUGACACGGGACACUUCUCAAAUGGCGCGUGCGUCUAAUAAUCCACACCAGGGCGGUCUUGUUUCCCCAGUGUAUCCUCCUGCCCAAAACCUAGAAGAUUUUCUUCUGGCUAGGCCAGCGCAGGGUGAAACUGGACGAAUGCCACCGCUAUUAAGAAAACCGCUUGCUGUUGGUAAGGAUAAGGAUGUCAUGGUCACUGCCAAUCCAUUCCAAGGCACUAGUGCCACACUGCCGAGUCCUGGUCGCUUUCCACAGCCGCUGCUGCCAGUGCGUGCAACCUUACCUAGGCCAGUUCGAGCACAUAUGCCAGGAGAAUUCAUGGACAACCCCAUUGCCACUGGGUACAUGCCACCCUGUCGUAAUCCUACACGCCCGCCGGAACUGGAACAUCGCCGGAGAAUUCAGCAACUCCAGCAAACCUUGCAGCAGAAAUUGAAUCAGCGGCAUCAAGGAGCAGAGGGACCGUGGCAGGACCUGGAGCAACACCAGCAGGAAGCAGACCUGCACCUGUAUGCAGCACAACAGUUGCAACAACAGCUGCAGCGGCAACGGGAACUGCAACAACAGGAACAGCAGCAGCGGCAGCAACAGGAACAGCAGCGGCAACAACAGCAGCAGCAACAACAACAGCAGCAGCUACAACAAGUGCAACGGCAACUGCAGCAAAUUCAACCCCACCAAUUUCAACUGCCUUUGUUGGCUGGUGCAACUGCUGUUGCGACCCCAGCCCCUACUGCUCACCUGGAUUUGGAAGCUGGCGAUAAUGAACGUGUGCAACCUGUUGCACAGAAGCCUGCAUUUUACAUGCAUGAAGUCAAGCAGCGAGUGAUGAGUAUGUUUCCUGAUAUUGAGGAGCAUUAUCUGGAAGAUCUGAUCAAUACGCACUCAGAUGAUCAUGCUAAUCGAGUGUGCAACUACCUGUUAGAACAUUCUGGUUUUCCUUGUAAUCCGUCCACGAAGAAAAAGAAGGCGGUGGCUGCAUCGAGUGCUGCUAUUGACUACUUGAAAGAUGACAGACGACUGGAUAUGCACAUGUGUAGUGGUGCUAAUCGCUUGUUGCUCUCUGAUUUCCCACAAGUUGCUGCUGCCGACAUUAAAACCGUCUUGAAGCAGUACGGUCACCAUUACUCUCCAGCACGGCAGCACAUUGAGAAAUGUCUACGCGACAAUAUCGUAGUUGGCUUCGAACAGCAACUCGUCGAAGGAACGAAACUUCAAGCGGCCCAGAACACCCUGUCGGCACUUGAGGUGCCAGCACAGCCAGCGCAGGGUUGGAAGGCGGAAACGGAUGCCCGGUUACAGCAGGCCCUCAAGGAUCAAGUCAAUAAGCUGCUGGACGCGCCACCACCCGGCCUUCCGCUCAAGGCGUAUGACAACUACAAACGCCACUGUGUCAAAUACAUUCGCACGUUACUUCCCAGUAGGCGGCUCAUCAGUGCUCAUAGGGUCAGCAAGAUGGCAACAGAUCUUGUCAACUGCGCACGUGCCGGUGAUGUACAAAAUGAAGCAGCAAAGCAGACUGCCGCUACUACGGGGCAAAAUAAGCCGCAACAACCGCUUGCUUUGUUAAAGUUCCACCGGAAAGUGUCCCGUCCACAAAACCUGCCGGAAGAGCUGAAAACCGAAGUAGACUACUAUGAAAAGCAUCUCAAAAUUAAUUUUGAGGAGAAACAAAGCUCACAACCAGCAGCCACAGCGGACAGUGCCGACGCGGAAGUGGAUGAAGGGCAGCUGAUGGAGUGUGGCUGCUGUUAUGGCGACGUCUCCAUUGAAAAGAUGGUCCAGUGCACGGAUGGUCAUCUGUUCUGUGAGGGAUGUCUGUGUUCCUAUGUCAAGGAAGCCGUGUAUGGCCAGGGAAAAUCACAGCUCGCCUGCAUGACUGAUGGCUGUGACUCAACAUUCAUGAAGAGCCAAUUGCGAAAGGCACUGACUGAAGAUGUGCUGAGCAAAUAUGAUGAGCGUGUGCAGGAGGAGUCAAUUCGACUGGCUGAGAUGGCUGGACUUGUGCAGUGUCCGUUCUGUGACUUCAAGGCGCUGAUGGCACCCGACGAUAAGGUGUUCCGCUGUGCUAAUGACGCCUGUCUGAAGGAAUCAUGCCGCUAUUGCCAAGAAGAGUGGGACGACCAUUUCGGAAAACCGUGCAGCGAGGUGGAGAAGAGGGACGAGACGAAGAUGAGAACGCGAGUUGAGGAGAUGAUGACGGAGGCAAAGGUUCGGAAAUGCGCUAAAUGCCACACGGAAUUUACCAAAGAAAGUGGCUGCAAUAAGAUGACGUGCCGUUGUGGAGCUUCCAUGUGUUAUGUGUGCCGCAAAGCAAAGAUCACCUACCAGCACUUCUGCUCACAUGUACGCAAUCCAGGCCAAGACUGCAAACAGUGUAAAGCAUGCAGCUUGUGGACGGAUACAAAGGCGGACGACGCUCAGGCUAUAAUUGAAGUCCGAGAAGAAUUCAAGCGUAAACGAUUUGUGGAAACUGGUGAAGAAUUCGACAAGUUGAUUGGUCCUCCGCCCGAUGAUGAUGGUGAUGGCGGGCCAGCAAAGAAACGAAAGAAAACGUGAAUGGUGUGGUGGUGGUGCUUCGGUGUUCCUUCUGACACGAAAACGUCACCGCUGUGCGCCACGUGGUAACAUGGGACAAUCGUGAAAACCAGUCAGGUGCUGGUUUGUGUGGAAGCUGCCUACGUGCAUACCUGGUCAUGUGUAAAGAACUCUAUUAAAUACGUCACCAAGUAAUUAGUUGCAUACGCAGAAGCUAAGCUAAUCAACACUGGGUGAUUAAACAGUUCUACCUAUGCACCUAUUUUUGGUGAUGAUGAUGAUGAUGAUGAUGUCAUGAUGAUGUCAUGAUGAUGAUGAUGAUGAUGAUGAUGAUGAUGUCAUCAGUAACACUAUCUUCAUUCAGUUCCGUGAUCUACGAUGUCAUCAUGACUCCACUUUGAUGACCGCUGGGCAUAUUCAUACUUUGUAGUCAGAGGGUUGAGUGGCUUCAACACACAACGAUGUCAGCCACGGUGAUUUCUAUUCAGUUCCUUAUUGUUCAGGAUCAUUGACCAACUCUCCUUCUCUUGUGCAUGCUGCGCAUUGGAUUUGACAUGGCUUUGUGUAGUAUUGUACACACACACACACACACACACACACACACACACACACACACACACACACACACACACACACACACACACACACACACACACACAC